CUUCUCGAGCGCGGAACCAGGAUGGAGCCGAAGGAGGGGGCCAACGGGCCCCCCAGCGCCCCCCCCGCCCCGCCCAUCAUCGGCGCCGAGGACGAGGACUUCGAGAACGACAUCGAGGCCCCCCCCGAGGAGGAGCAGAGCGGCCCCUUCCAGAGCCUGGAGCGGCUGCGGCAGCGCCCCCUGGCGCUCGCCGCCUUCCUGCAGCACUGCGUGCUCCAGUUCGACUCGUGCCCCGUGCUCUGCUACCUGCACGUGGACAUGCUGAGGAGCAUGAACCCCAAGGAGGGCCGGAAGCAAUUCCUGGAGUUCUGCCACCUGUUCCUGGACAAGGCCGGGCUCCUGCGGGUGCCCAUCCCGCACCACGUCCAGUUCGAGCUGGAGCGCACGCGCCCGGAGCUGCUCCCCGAGGAGGCGCAGCGCCGCUUCCUGCAGGACGUGCAGAGCCACCAGGAGCCCGAGGUGCUGCGGCAGCUCCAGGACUUCCGGUCCAAGCGCCUCAUGGGGAUGACGCCCGCCGAGCCCGAGCUGGCCGAGCUGGAGCGGAGCCGCGCCCGGGACCCCGCGGGGGCCGCAGCCCGGGAGCGGCAGCUGGCGGAGAGAGUGCUGGGGCGGCUGGAGGAGAUGCACCUCACCAUCUCGUCCGACGAGGAGAAAAGCUCCCAAAUUUUCGGCGCCAUCGUCUCCUACAUGAAAUUCCUGGGGCUGCGCACCAAGGGCGGCGACGGCAAAAAACCCAAAUCCAACUUUUUCCGAAAAAAGGUCUCGGGCAGGGACCCCCCGGCCAAGGCCCGCAGGGGCUUCAGCCUGGCGGGGGCGGCGCUCUUGGGGCGCGAGCCGCGGGGCGGAGGCGAGAAGCCCCCUCCCCACCCCGAGCGCAGGGGGGGUCCCCGGGGGGGCCCCGAUUUGGGGCUGGGGUCUCCCCGGGACCCCCCCCCGGGCGGGGACGGCGCCGAGGCCGAGCCAGGGUCGGAGCCCCCGGGACCCCCGGAAUUUGGGGAGCCCCGGAGCCCCCCGCGGGAGAGCAGCGCCCCCCGGAGGAGGGCGGGGACAGCGACAGCCGGAGCUGGAGCUGGAGCCGCCUGGAGCUGGAGCUUCAUGGCGCCCUGGCUCAGGCUGCCCCAGCGCGAGGUGCGGCGCCAGGAGGUCAUCAACGAGCUGUUCCUGACGGAGCACGCCCACGUGCGCAUGCUGCGGGUGCUCCUGGAGGUUUUUUUCCAGCCCAUGCUCCGUGAGGGAUUUUUCGACGAGCAGGAGCUCAACAACAUCUUCCCCAGCCUGGAGGACCUGGUGGAGGUGCACACCGUGUUCCUGGACAGCCUCAAGAGGCGACGGGAGGAGAGCGGAUUCAUCAUCGCCGAGAUCGGGGACGUGCUGCUGGCCCGGUUCGAGGGCGCCGAGGGCAGCUGGUUCCAGAAGAUCUCCGCGCGCUUCUGCAGCCGCCAGAGCUUCGCCCUGGAGCAGCUCAAGGCCAAGCAGAGGAAGGACGCCAGGUUCAGCCAGUUCGUCCAGGUAAAGCACCCCAAAAACAGCCCGAAAACAGCCCGAAAACAGCCCAAAAACACCCCAAAAAUAACCCCAAAACAGGGGGUGGUCCUGACCUCCGCGCCCCCCCAGACGCGGUGGGCGGGCGAGAGCGCCAAGGUGGAGCAGGCGGCCGAGUGCUGCCGCCAGAUCCUCAACCACGUCAACCAGGAGGUCCGGGACAUGGAGAACCUCAUGAAGCUCAAGGAUUACCAGCGCCGCCUCGACCUCUCCAGCCUGAAGCAGAGCACCGACCCACUGCUGAGCGAGUUCAAGAACACCGACAUCACCAAGCGCACCCUGGUGCACGAGGGGCCCCUGACGUGGCGCGUCACCCAGGUGCAGGUGCUGCUGCUGGACGACCUGCUGGUGCUGCUGCAGCGGCACGAGGAGCGGCUGCUGCUGCGCUGCCACAGCCGCGCCCUGGCGCCCGCCGGCCCCGAGGGCAAGCAGAUGCUGAGCCCGGUGAUCCGCCUGCGCUCGGCCAUGACCCGCGAGGUGGCCACAGACCACAGAGCGUUUUACGUCAUCGUGAGCUGGGAGAACUGGGCGCAGAUCUACGAGCUGGUGGCUCAGAGCGGCCAGGACAGGAAAAUCUGGUGCAGCAUCAUCAGCGACACCGCGGGGUCCCUGAAGCUCCCGGGGUCCCACCGGGCCAAGGGGGCUCGGGCAGGGGGCGGCACCGGCCCCCAGCCCCCCCUCGAUUACCGGGACCCCUCCGAAAAUGGGGGGGGGUCCCUGAAGGAGCCGCUGGGCCUGGACGACCGUGACAAGGACGGGGCGGUCGAAGGCACCGAAUUCGGGAGGGGGUCCCGCGAGCGGGGGGGGCUGGGGGCUGCCCCGCCCCCCCCGCGGCCUCCCCGAGGGGGGGGGGCUGGCGGCCGGCGCCCUGCAGAGAGUCUCGGAGCUGCGGCGGCUGCUGGGGGCGCCCCUCCCCCCGCCCGGGCCGGAUUUGGGGGGGGGUCCCGGGGCGGCCCCGCCCCCCCCCGAGCAGGAGCGGCGGCACGCGGGGGAUGGGGCCGAGAGCGACGGGGACCCCGAGGGGGGCGCCGCAGCAGAGAUUUGGGUUCCCUGGGGGGGUAUUUUGGGGGGAGGGGCGGCACCAAACUUUGGGACGCGGCAAAAGGGAGGGGCCAAAAAGGGGGGGCUUACGGAACAGUGGGCGUGGCCACGGCAGUAAAUCGGGGGCGGGGCAGGUGA